AAAUGGCAGCUUAACCAGUGGUAGGAUAACCCCCCACCGUCGGCAUUUGUGUGUGGAGACAGUGGUCCAUAAAGGAGUCGCAUCACCUCAGGUGCAUGCAAGAAAAGGAAACCAAAAGUUACCUUUCCCUCUCUCGUCCCCUUCUGCUAAAAGAGAUUCCAAGCUUAAUUUUCUCCACCAAACCAAACCAAACCGAAGCCCUCAUUCAAUUCCUUCCCCCCUUUCCCUUCUCCAGAAUGAUGCGCUGCUUAUAUAGUCCGGCGAUCUCCUCUGCCUCCCUCCAUUUGGGCCGCUAGCCUUUUGCUUUGCUUUUGUUUCUUGCCAAGGGAGAAAUGGGCGGUGGCCUUCUUUCCCAGCUCCUCGGGUUCUUCUUCUGGGGGUUUCUGUGGCUCGCGGGGCCGGUCGCGGUGUAUUCCGGCGGACCGGGCACGUCUGGUGCCGACGCAGUGGCUGUGGUCGUGGACGGCACCGCCGCCAUUGCGGUGACGGACGGGGAUUUUGUCUGUGCUACGCUGGAUUGGUGGCCGCCGGAGAAAUGUGAUUACGGGACAUGUAGUUGGGGUUUGGCUUCCUUGCUCAAUCUGAAUCUUUCCAACCCCAUCUUGCUGAAUGCUGUCAAAGCAUUUUCUCCUCUGAAGCUUCGUCUUGGGGGUUCCUUGCAAGAUAAGAUCAUAUAUGGCACAGGAGAUCCGAAACAAUCAUGUACACAAUUUAUCAAGAGCACUUCUGAGAUGUUUGGUUUCACUCAAGGUUGCUUACCAAUGUCAAGAUGGGAUGAACUCAAUGAGUUCUUCCAAAAGGCCGGGGCUGUCAUUAUCUUUGGUCUGAAUGCUCUCAAUGGAAGAGUUCCUUUGAGUGAUGGUUCUCUAGGAGGACCCUGGAACUACAGCAACGCUGCUGCUCUUAUCCGAUACACAGUCAACAAGGGUUACACCAUCCAUGGCUGGGAACUCGGAAAUGAACUAAGUGGAUCAGGAGUUGGAGCUAGAAUUGGAGCAGAUCAGUAUGCUGCAGAUGUGAUCAACCUCAGAUCAAUCAUCAAUGAGAUUUACCAAGGGUUACAGGAUAAGCCAUUGGUGUUAGCACCAGGGGGAUUCUUGGAUACCAAUUGGUUCACCGAGAUCAUCAGCAAGACGAAACCCAACUCCUUGGAUGUGAUUACUCACCACAUCUAUAAUCUUGGUCCGGGUGUUGACCAGCACUUGACUGAGAAAAUUAUUGAUCCCUCUUAUCUGGAUGGUGAAGCCGGUACAUUUCGGGAUCUACAGAGGAUUCUUAGCAGUGCAGGAACUAGUACCAUUGCUUGGGUGGGUGAAGCAGGAGGGGCAUACAACAGUGGUCACCAUCUGGUGACGGAUUCCUUUGUUUUCAGCUUCUGGUACUUGGAUCAGCUCGGCAUGUCGUCAACGUACGACACCAAGACUUAUUGCAGGCAAUCGUUGAUCGGUGGAAACUAUGGCCUGCUCAACACCACCACCUUCCAUCCGAAUCCUGACUAUUACAGUGCUCUCCUGUGGCAUCGGUUGAUGGGGAGACGCGUCUUGUCGACAAAUAUAACCGGGACGAACAAGAUAAGGGCAUACGCACAUUGUGCCAGAGAAUCUCCUGGGAUUACGCUACUGUUGAUCAAUCUCAGUGGCAACAACAGCACCACUCCGGUUUUUGUCACCACUCAAACUGUUUACUCAGCGGCUCUGAAGCAGCAUCGCCGUCACGGGGCUCACAGAACAAGAUUCAACCACAUUCCAAGGCUGGGGAAGACGAGUGAGUUCACCAGGGAAGAGUACCACCUAACAGCCAAGGAUGGGGACAUCCAUAGCCAGACCGUGCUGCUGAAUGGCAACAUCUUAGCUGUGGACUCCAGUGGGAAUAUUCCAGAGCUGGAACCUGUUAAAGUCGAAGCAACACAGCCCAUCACAGUUGCCCCAUUUUCCAUUGUCUUUGCACACAUUCCUUAUUUUUAUGCGCCGGCAUGUAGGUAGUGAUGUUGUAUCGCUCGAUGUGGAGGGUGGACUACGAAGUAGUCCGCUCUUGUGGCUGCAAGGCUGAGAGAAGGACUGUGAUUCUUUUCCGAGCAUCUUUAUUAGACAAUAAUUGAAUGAAGGAAAAAUGACUUAUGAUGCAA